AUGGAGCUGCCGGUCCUAACAACCGUAUCGGGCAUUGCCCCGUCCACCCCGUCCCCAGGGCUGGAGAGCCCUCUGGCAGGAGUGUUGCCUGCUGCCUCUAGCCAGCUCGCUGUUGCAGGACCUGCUGCCCGGGAAGGACUUUCUCAGGGCCCCGAAGAGCUAUUGCCUGAUGUGUCCGUUAAGGGGACCCAUGGCACAAAGCCCAGUGCCAGCCCUGGACAGCCAGCUCAGGUCUGGCAGCUUCCACGGGCUCUCUUUUCUGAUGUAGCUGCUUUCUCUCCACAGCAGGGGCUUGGGCAGUUCCUGCCAGCAGCCAGACCCACAGGAGGAAGCUGGGCCUCCACUGCCUCUCUCACCCCCCAAGCCAUCGAGGAUGAGCUUGGUCCCCAGGCUCCCUGGGGGGAAGCGGGAUUACCCGGGCCUCCCCCACCUCCCACCACACUGUCCCCUGAGCCCCUAGCAGCCUCCAAUCCUCCACCCCCAGGGUCCCCAGACACCACUGCUCUGACUCUGCCUUUGUCCUCCGAAGUCUUCCGUCCUCUUUCUGCUCCAUCAGAACUGCCCAAAGCAUUCCUGGGCUGGGGUCCAUCGGUGGCCCGUACUGAAGGUCUAACGACAGAGGGGCCCUGGAAGGACCCUGCCCAGUCUGCAGGAAGUCCCCUGCUGCAGGGAGGGUGGUCAGGGCAGGUGGUGGCUGCAUCUGAGGACCUCAGCAGUAAGGAUCUCCAGUCGCUGGUGAAAGCCUCAGUGGCCAGCCUGACAGAGGAGGUGCUGGUCCCCUGUCACUCUCCUGCAGAGACCCAAAAAGCUGUCUCUCUCCCUAGUGUGGACCUAGCCUCCCCAGAACCAAGUCAGGACAUACAAGGGCUGGGACACACCAGCCUGCGAAGGUUGGAAGUCACAGAUGUCACCCCAAGGGUGAGGUGGACAGACCUCAGAGCUAAGCCAGGGACCUCACUGCCCCAGCCCACAGGGAAGCCCAAGGUGAGCCCAGCAGCACAUUCAGAGAAGCCUCUGGCCUCCUCCAGGAAGCCCACAGCCUUAACCAUGGUCAGGUCAUCACAUAGAAUGCAGGGCAUGAAGUCAAUCCCCAGGUGGCUACAGGGCCAGGACGUGUGGGGGGCUGUACAAACAUCCAGCUCUUCAUCUUUGCAAGCCCUGAGCCCCUGGGCACCCGCAGAAGCAUCGGUGCCCAGCGUGGCUGGGCCCAGAGAUAGGCUCUCUACUGGCCACAGGACCUUGGCUCCUCAGAAAACAGGGCCACCCACAUGGGCAUCUAGCUCUACAAGUGCUCCUGAAACUGGGCGUCCCACGGAGGGCCCCUGUGGGGAUGCUGGGGGUGAGUCCCAGGAGUGCCCGCUAUCCACACCUUCCCCCUGCAGCCGAGGGUGCACUGCUGGCUCCGAGGGUUCCAGUGAUGCCCGAUAACCCAGCGGUCCACGGUGCCCAGCCCCGGAGCCCGGCUAUGGUUGGACAAAGCAGCUUGGGCCAACCAGAGGAACCACAUUUAGUGCUUCCCUGCCAAGGCAGCACUCCCAUCCCCGCCCC